AUGGCGAAAUUACGAAAUUCUCCCUCAUUUCUCAUCCUUCCAUUCUUCUUCUUUCUUGCUUUUCAACUCACCCACACUCACCCAAAUACCCUUCACAACAAUAACCAUCUUCAUGAAGAAGAAGAAGAAGCUGACCGGAUUACGUCACUUCCCGGCCAACCCACCGUCUCCUUCCACCAGUUCUCCGGCUACGUCACCGUCAACCAUGCCGCCGGCAGAGCCCUCUUUUACUGGCUUACCGAAACCCCCAACCACCCUCUCUCUAAACCCCUUGUCAUCUGGCUCAACGGAGGUCCUGGAUGCUCUUCUGUAGCUUAUGGUGCAUCCGAAGAAGUUGGCCCCUUUAGAAUAAACAAAGGGGCUACAGGGUUGCACCUUAACAAGUUUUCAUGGAACACCGCAGCUAACAUCUUGUUUCUCGAAACUCCAGCCGGAGUCGGCUUCUCGUAUAGCAACCGUUCCUCUGACCUUCUGGACACUGGCGAUCGUCGCACCGCUCAAGAUUCACUUCAGUUUGUGAUACGAUGGAUGGAGAGAUUCCCGCGUUAUAAACACCGCGAAGUUUAUAUAGCCGGAGAAAGUUACGCCGGUCAUUAUGUCCCACAGUUGGCACGACAAAUUCUAAAAUUCAAUUCUGAUUCCGGUUCCAAUUUCAUCAACCUCAAGGGAAUUAUGGUCGGAAAUGCGGUGACGGAUAAUUACUAUGAUAACCUUGGAACGGUGACGUACUGGUGGAGUCAUGCUAUGAUAUCCGAUAAGACAUACCACCAACUGAUUAACACUUGUGACUUUCGGCGCCAGAAGAAUUCGAACGAAUGUGAAUCGUUAUAUAGCUACGCUAUGGACCAAGAAUUCGGGAAUAUUGACCAAUACAACAUUUAUGCACCCCCUUGUAACAACUCGGAUGGUAGCCACUCGAGUGCGACCCGUCAAACCAUGCAGUUGCCCCAUCGACCCCAUCGUAUGUUUAGACAGAUUUCGGGUUAUGAUCCGUGUACAGAAAGGUACGCAGAGGUUUAUUACAAUAGACAAGACGUUCAAAAGGCGCUUCACGCUAAUACGACAAGGAUUCCAUACAAAUGGACUGCUUGCAGCGAGACUUUGAAUCGGAACUGGAACGAUACCGACGUGUCGAUUCUUCCGAUAUACCGUGAACUCAUUGAUGCUGGAUUGAGGAUUUGGGUCUUCAGUGGGGAUGUUGAUUCAGUGGUACCAGUCACAGCGACACGGUAUGCACUAGCACAACUCAAGUUAAAAACCAAGGUUCCAUGGUAUCCUUGGUAUGUCAAGAAACAGGUGGGAGGAUGGACAGAGGUAUAUGAGGGGCUAACAUUUGCAACAGUCAGAGGGGCAGGUCAUGAAGUACCACUGUUCAAGCCAAGGGCAGCAUUGCAACUACUAUUGUCCUUCUUAAGGGGCAAGCCACUUCCCAAAGCUUGACCAAAAGUCAACAUUUUGACCAUCAUUGUUAGAUGUAUCAUGUGGUCAAAGGCAAAAGAUUGCCUUUUUGACUUUGAUUUAUUUGGGUAGGAAUUAGAGAGAGAUUUUAAGGGGAAAAAAGAUUUUCCUUUGAAAGAAAUCAAGUUUGACUUCAAAAUUUGUGGAAAAUAAUUCAAUGGGGGUAAAAAGGGAAUUUAUUAAAAAUUGGUGUGGGUUAUUGUAACAUACUGUUUUAUUUCUGACGUCGAAAUUAAUGGUUCGAAAAAUCUGUCUGUUUAGGGUUUGGUUGACACAGUUUCAGUUUGUUUUAUCUGAAUUUAUUAUGGUCGUGAAUCAAGUGUUCGU